AUGGAUAAAUCUUGUAUCGCCAUUCGAAAUCGAUGUAGUGAGACUGGUGGACUAGGCACUAGUCCAAGCAAGCAUACCGGUGGUUCUAGAUCAACAGUGGAGCAUACUAUAAAAUUGGCAAUAGAACUACGUCAUCCACCAAAUUCGUGGGAUAUAUUUAAGAAGUUGCAUAAAAGAAAAGAUGACAGUUUUGUUGAUGCCAAGUCUAAAUGCAUUAAUGAUAAAAUGGAGGUUGUCUUAGCUGCUGCUAUUUCUAGCUCCUCAGAUGAUUCACAAGAAGUUCAAGAACUUGAUAUAAAUAGCUUAUACUUUGAUGUUGUGGGUGGAGAAAAAAAACGACGUGUGUAUGGUUUAGGCUCUCAAGGUUUGACGUUGUAUCAAGAUCAAAAUUUUGUCACUUCGCGCAAUUUACCUGCGGUGUCUGAUGAUGUUGCUGAAGAGCGCAUUAAACUACUUGAGGAAGAAGUGUUGCAUAUGAGAGAAAAUCAAGAUAGAAUUCUUCAAGAACGUUUAGAGGCAGAGGUGCAACAACGAGUAGAGCACGCGGUCUCGCAUUUGAGGCAACAAAGUGAUGAUCAAUUCAAGUCUAUGGAGGAACGAUGGUCUCGCAUGAUGAGCGGGAUGGCGUUAUCCUCACGCUCAACUAGUAAUCCUUCUCCUUAAAAGGAAAUGACCAAAUGUUUAUGUGUUUAAAUAUUUGUACACUUUUGCUUAUUGAAGUUGUGCUUUGACAUGUUUUAACAUCAUAAUUUUGUAUUAUAAAUCUAAUAUUAUGUUUGUUAUAUCAUGGUGGUUAAUU